UCUCGUCGCUCACGAAUAUGGGCAAACUAGGGAGGCAUCUGCGAAUGAAGAAAACCCGAUGGAUUAUCGCUCGACCCGCGUCGAGUUUUCUUCAAACGCGGUCGACUAGUUUGGCCCCGUUCCAUGUACGAGCACGCUCGCGCGCGCGCGCACACACACACGCGCACACCCCCACACACACACACGAGGAAAGAACUACGGACACGUCCGUCGAGCGCACGCACGAACAAGCACUUGCGGAAAAGCGCUGCUCCGGUCAGCUGUCGAAAGAGGAGAAUUCUCGGGCAUUGGGGUCGGCACUCGACGCGGCGACGUGUCGGAUGGAAACGACGACGAGAAGAAACAAACGAGGAGGCGGCGGCACGCGAAGGAGAUCGCAGCGGAAGCGGCGACACGAAGAAGAAGCGGCGAAAGAAGAGGAAGAGACGUGAGUUUUGGCGAUUCUACGGGCAGUGUCGACGCGCGUGUGCGGUGCCGCGUGACAGUGCACGUGGAGACAGUGCGGGUGAGACAGUGCGCGGUGCAGUGCGGCGACAGGCAGAAAGCGGGAAGAAGAAGAAAAAGGAGGAGAAGGAGGAAGAGGAAGAGGAGGAGGAGGAGGAGGAGAAGGAGGAUAAAGAGGAGAAGGAGGAGGAGGAGAAGAGGAAGACGGCGAAACGUAGUUGGGUGGAGUAAACGGAGCACGGAACGAGAGGAGAGGAGG